AUGCUGCUCGUACACCAGGCAGGCCAUGUCAAAGUAGGCGAAGUGGUCCGCUAUACCCUUACAUACACUCCGACAAACGAUCGCAUACUACCGACACCCUCGAACCUCUUCGUCAAGAUCAAAAACAGCUCGGCAAUACCUCUGCGUGCAGCUUGGGUGCAUGGCCCAUACGCUCUGCAUGUAUCCGCUUAUCCGGAAUCGUUCAAUCCAUACAGCAAGAAUGAGGACCCGGAACACCAUGGCGCGCCGCAGUUUGAGCCGAUGCUUAAGGCGGGUGGGAGCUGGCAGGCGAAACUACUGGUCCCGGACGACAUCAGAGAAACGGGAGCAGAUCUCGGCAAGAAGAGGCAGAGCAUGCAGUCACGCGACAACGACGGGGACGAAGAGAAGGGUAGUGUAACCUGGAUUAUUGAGAUUGCAUCGCAGAUUCUCUUCUCGAAUAGUGCUUCUGUGAACUUUGAGGUGUUGGUUGGGCGGGAUGAGCGAAGUCUAGAUCUUGGGUUUGCGGCUGUGGCAGGGCAUGGACACGGAGGGCCUGGGCAGACACCUUACUAUGCGACAGAUAAGGAGCGUAAGAGGGCAAGGCAACGGGGUCAUUUGCAGACGGCUGGAGUGUAUUCGAAGGCUGUGAGGCUGGCUGUGGAAGAUACAGAAACGCUGUGGGAUAAGCCCGCCUUGCCAACGUGGGACGAUGAGGACAGCAAGAGGAAGUCUGUGGAUGCGAAACGAAAGAGCGAAGAUGCAGACUACCAGGAGAAGAAGCCACGGAAAAGGAAGAAGGUGCAUCUUGUGGUCGUCACGCACGGAAUGCACAGCAAUAUCGGGGCAGACAUGCUGUUUUUGAAGGAGAGCAUCGAUGCUACGGUGGCGCAGGCCCGCAUCGACUCGCAGAAACGCAAGGCAAGCUACCGGGAGAAGCGAGACAAGCAGAAGCAGUCGCCAGGGCAGGACAGUGCGCACGCGCAGCAGAACGACGAUGCGGACACGCAAGGUGAGACAGCUACUGCACCUCUGUCAGGCGGCCAGGAGGAGAUGCAGGAUACCGACUACGACUCGGAUGACGAUGAAGAAGUCAUAGUCAGAGGCUUCCCCGGCAACGCUGUACGAACUGAGAACGGCAUACAGUACCUUGGAAAGCGCCUUGCUAAGUACAUUCUGCGCUUCACCUAUCCGGACCAGCCGUUCAUGCCUGUCAAGAAGCCUCUUACCCGCCAGCUGACAGACACGUUUAAAAGCCAAGAGAACAAAGCGAAACGGGAUGGCGUGCCCUCUCAUGCCGGAAGCAGCAUCCACCACCCAGGCUUGAGCAAAGUCGCAGAGGAGCUGCCGUAUCAGUUCACCAGCAUAUCCUUCGUCGGUCACAGUCUGGGCGGCCUCAUCCAGACUUAUGCCAUGGCCUACAUCCACAAGCACAGCCCCACGUUCUUCACCCACAUCAAGCCGAUCAACUUCAUUGCCAUGGCGUCGCCGAUGCUAGGCUUAAGCAAUGAGAAUCCCAUGUACGUCAAGUUCGCGCUCGACUUUGGACUUGUAGGACGGACAGGGCAGGAUCUCGGCCUUACGUGGCGGGCACCGACGCUCGCACGAGGAGGCUGGAACGCUAUGAUCGGUGGCUUAGGGUCUGGACAGAAGGAUAGCGGCAAAGAUGAUGAUCCAUCGUCCAAGCCUCUGCUUCGGAUCCUGCCCACCGGGCCUGCUCACCAAGUGCUUCGGAUGUUCAGGAAUCGGACUGUGUACUCGAACGUGGUCAAUGACGGCAUCGUGCCGCUAAGAACGAGCUGCCUGUUGUUCUUGGACUGGAGAGGCUUAGGGAAGGUAGACAAAGCACGUCGUGAGAACGGUCUGAUUGGAACAGUAGCCGAAUGGGGUUGGGCUGAGCUUACUGGGCAGAACCAGAGCAGUCAACCUGAGAGGGCUCUUGAGGAGCAGAACCUAGACGACGCCGAUGCUGAUAACGAGCAUGUUCGCAAGGGCGAGGGUGAUGCUGUUCCGCAGCCGGCUGAAGAUGAGACGGUCGCCGACGCGAAGCAGCUGACCACUCGGCCGAGCUACGAUGAAGAGAAUGCUCCAGAGGGAAGCUCGAUGUCGAGUGGGACGCAGAAGCAGCCUCCGCAGGACAGUGGGAUGUGGGACAACUUCUGGAGCUUCUUCCGGCCAAAUAUGCAACAACAGUCGACAAGUCCAAAGCAGCCUGGGAGGUCGAAGAAGACCACGAAGGCCAUCCAGCGAGGCCAGACAGUGAGCCAAGAAGAGGUAGAUGCGGAAGAAGGCGGCCAGGAUCAGUCAGGAACGACCAGCAACCCGAUGAUGCGGCCACAUUUGCACUCUCACGUUGAUGAGAGCAAGCGACCAAAAGCUUCGCGUGGCGACAGUCUCAUCAACAACGAAUCUGGCAAUGCGCAAGCUCCUCCAAAGACGUCUAUCUUCGAGUCUGCAGGCGACAUCCUGCACCCACCGCUUCCUGGCAAGCAGUGGAUCAACGACCCGAGCUGUCGAGCCCGCACCAUCUUUCACGACCGAGUCUACCAUCCGGAAGACAUUCCUCCACCGCCGAUGAAGAGGCCCACCUCUCGUUUCACACGCACUUUCACUGGCGAGACUAGCCAGAGGAGCAGCCAAUCGUCGACACUGUCAGCCAACAGCCAGGAGUCCGUAGAUUUGAGCGGCAUGAAGGUCGAGGAGAAGAUUGCGCGUGCCUACCAUCGCGACCUCAGCUGGAGAAAGGUUCUUGUCCGACUGGAGCCGGAUGCGCACAACAACAUGAUUGUCCGGCGCAUGUUCGCCAAUGCCCACGGCUGGCCUGUCGUCAAGCAUCUAUGCGACACCCACUUUAGUGACAGCUACGCCGCAAAGACUCGAGACGAGUACGAACCAGCCCGCGAGCGCGCAAAGGCAAUGGACGCACCAUUGCCCGAAAGUGGAGAGGAAGUUGCUGAGCAAACCGACAAGCAAGUACCGGAGCGCACGCAAAGCGAGACGCGAGAAGCGAAGGACGAACUCGCUACUUUACAGAUCGCUCAAGACGGCGCAGCUGGGAGCUUCACUUCGACCACGAUCAAAGCCCUCUCGCGACAAAGCAGCGGCGUCUGGGACGACUCCUUCUUCGAAGGCUCCGAUGGCGACGACAGCGACAUCGACGAGCGCAACCUCGUGGCCAAAAUCAUCAACCCAAUGUCUGUCAAGAAACCUGAGCAAGCGUACCAACGGCCUGGGUCAGCGAAGAGCAACGGCGCUCCCGUGAGUCCAAGAACGCCUUCGGCGCAGUAUACAGACGGCCACCGCGGACUUGCGCCUACAUCGCCUACGGCGCCGAAGACGCCCAGCUCGGCUAAGAGCGGAGCGUCCACGAAGUCGACGUUUGAUAGCGCGAGUGUGGAUCCGGUGGUCGCGAGUAGGAUUGUUGAGGAGCCGGAGGCGAUGGGGAGUACGGCGGAACUGGGUUUGAGGAAGACGGUGGAGGAGCAGGUUGGGAGUUCGCCGAAGAGUGCGAAAAGUCCAGGGACGAAGGCGCAUGGAGAUGGGGAAGAAUAG